GAAUAUUAGUAAUACUUUGAUUAUCUUGAAAUAAAAGAAACUGAACUGAAACAUAAAAUUUUAGUAUAAUGAGUUCAGAAGAAAAUGUUGCUGUGGCUGAUCAAGUAUCUGAAUCCACUGCUAAUACUGAGUCACAGCCCGCUAAUCAACAAGCACCUCAGUCUGCACCCCAACAGCAACAGCCUCAACAUUCCAUCUGGUCCAUUCUUAAAGGCAUCGUAUUACGAGCCGUCAUAAUUUAUUUCAUUACAAGUUUUUUUAGAAGACCACAGCAGCCUAGCAAUGCUCCUAGCACUGGAAUGCCUUCCAAAACCUCUAUGAAUCUUUUUCCAACUGGAACUGUGAUGGACUUAUAUGUAUAUUUAUCCGAAGAUAAGAAGUUAUCAUUUAAAGAAGAAUCUUUGAUUUGGAUGCAACCGAAUAUAGUAUAUGGUGACUGGUAUGGUGGUCCUAAUGCAGAUGGAACCUAUAAUUUUGAAACUGAAAUAACAGCAACUGAGAGUAUGCAAAGAAACAGCAGUAUAUGGUUGCAUAGUUGCGUUGUGAAGCAUGGCAAAUCACCAAAUCCUCGAGAUAAGAGAAAAUAUUCCAGACAAGAUGUUGUUUGCAAAAGUAAAAGAAUGAAUAAGUACAAGAAGAUAAGGUAUAGGCGUACACAUAACUUGUUAACUGGAGAAACAACAGCAAGUGCUGAAGAUAUUAAAAAAGCUGAAGAAUCACCUAUGGAAAUAAUCUCUCACUGGCAUCCCAACUUAACUUUAAAUAUUAUUGUUGAUCAUACUGCUUGGGUUCAAGGGAGUGUUCCUCAACCUUUAGACGAAUUUGUUGAAUUUGAUCCAUUAUCUGGUGAUUACUACCCCAUUCUUUAUGCAAAUGAUUAUUGGAAUUUGGUUAGAGACUACACACCUAUAAAUGAUUCUGUCAAGAUGCUUCCUUUACAUUUGGUCUUCCAGCCAUUAUCUUUGUUUCGCUGGCAGCUGUACACAGCUCAGGCUAUGCGAUCUCGUUGGACUUCGUUCUUUGGGCAAGAUUUACUGGAAGAAAGUGAUGAAGAUCAAGAUUACAUGAAAGAAGCUCUCUUGGAAACUUCGCCAAUUCUUUUAGGCCUCACUGGUGUCAUUACCAUGGUUCACAGUAUUUUUGAAUUUCUAGCAUUUAAAAAUGAGAUACAGUUCUGGAACAACAGGAAAUCUCUAGAAGGACUUUCUGUGCGAUCUGUCUUUUUCAAUGUUUUCCAAUCAAUUGUAGUUCUUCUUUAUGUAUUAGACAAUGAUACCAACAUGGUGGUUCGCUUUUCUGUGUUCAUUGGAUUGAUAAUAGAGAUUUGGAAGAUACAUAAAGUAACCAAUGUUGAAAUUGACAGAGAGAACAAAUUUCUAGGUAUUGUGCCAAGAAUAAAAUUGACAGACAAAGGAUCAUAUGUUCAGUCAUCUACAAAGCAGUAUGAUAUGUUGUGA